CACGCAGCAGGUACCUUUUUUUUUUGUUUUCUGUCUACUAAGCAAAUCUAUCCAGCACUUAGUUCCGAGGAAUAAUACGCUUGCAAUAAGAUGUGCACCAGUUCAAGACCAACUUUCAUCUCAGAUGCUACACGUCCAAUUACGGUGUAGUACAGUACUGUGUAACAUUUUAUUGGAAAAGAAAAACGAGCAGCAACUAUAUUAGACGAUUGAUUCGUUUCGUAUUUCAGGUAUAUUACACUUUUAUUACCUGCGAUAUUAUAUAUAUUACAUGCGAUAUGUUAUGUAACAUGUAACCACUUGUAAAAUAUUUGGCAUUCAAAUAUGUCUAGAUCCAGGAUGUUUUAAAAUUGGUUUUAAUGUACACAUUCGAUUGAUACCAUGUAUUACGAAAUAUGAGUUAUUUCACCUUCGUUAAUGCGCUCAUUCUGCGGAAACUCAACAAGAGACGCGUUUUUGCCCAGUCGUUUUGUCUGGCCGUCACUUUGACUUUUUUAUUUGUUUUACUCGUUGACCCACGUCAGUUCAGUGCAAAUGUUCCAGCAUCACCUGUCUUUGAAAUAGCUCAUCAAUUCGAAAUUGCUCGAAACAUUGUCGCUAAUAGCGCAAGUGAAGGAAGAGGGCUGAGCGGGUACACUGGUUACACUGUUCAAAGACUAGGCCUCAAACCCAUACCAGUUCCUCCACUUGAGCCAAACAACAAAGAGUCGGUUGUCAAUGAUGUGCUCUCCUUUCACUAUCCUAUCGACAUAAAUGCCCAACAGAAAUUCAAAUGUCCCUACUGGACGGACCAGUCCUUGAAUGCUUCCGGAAGCGUCGACACAACAUUACUGAUUGUGGUGAUCUCGGCCGCAGGGCAUUCGGCCAAAAGGAAUUUGAUUAGAACGACAUGGGCCGGUCCAAGUCUGUUGAAUGUCGAUUGGAUUCAACUGAUUUUUCUGGUCGGAUCGACUCCUGACGAGGAUAAAGUUCUCAAGGAUCGGCUGGAGAAGGAAAACGCUCAGCAUCAAGACUUAGUUCAAGUGAAUGUCGUCGAUUCUUAUGCGAAUUUAACGUUAAAGAGUAUCGCUCUGCUUCACUGGGCAGACGGCCAUUGCCCUGGUGUCAAGUUGGUCCUCAAGUGUGACGAUGAUAUUUACCUCAACCUCAAUGUGUUGAUUAAUCUCUUGAGAAAAGAGCAAUUCCAGCAGACGGAUCGCCUCUAUGGAUUGGGAAUUGUGCAAGAUCGCCCUCAACGAGAUCCAAAUAACAAAUACUACAUCAGCCGAGUCAUCUGGCCUUGGAACACGUACCCCGCUUUCUUGUCUGGAGGUGGAUACCUUAUGGGCCGGGACACUAUUCAACCUUUACUGAGUGCAACACAGACCACUCCUUUUUUCCCACUGGAAGAUGUUUUUCUCACGGGAAUCUGUGCCCGCAAAGCCCGCAUCACGUCCGUUUCAUCUCGAAGAAUCUACGAGCGCUUUAUUCCGAAGAAGUUGGACGCCUGUUUCGUCCGUUCCACAGCUAUGUGGCAGACGCAAUCCAAGAUUCAAUUCCUCCAAUCGCACAAUAUCGUUUCUCUCAUUUAUCAACGUCGCUUGCCCUGUCGAACAGCCUGUAAAUACCUUGGCAUUUGCUAGAAUACACACACGCGUGAUGGUGGUGCCGUAUCGCUUUUCAAGU